CCGCCGUGGAGCAGCCGCGGGAGCUGUGGGGCUACGUGGAGGUGCGCAGCAAGGCGCACAUGUUCUGGUGGCUCUACUACGGCGACGGCUUCGCGGAGCUGCCGCUGCUGCUCUGGCUGCAGGGAGGCCCAGGAUCUUCAGGCUGUGGGUUUGGGAACUUUGAAGAGAUUGGUCCGUUGGACAAAGAUCUGAAACCAAGAAAUACAACCUGGCUACAGGCAGCCAGUGUCCUGUUUGUGGAUAAUCCUGUGGGUACUGGAUUCAGUUAUGUAGAUGACUGCAGCUUGUUUGCCAAAAACCUUAGCACAGUAGUCUCCGAUAUGAUGGUUUUUCUUGGAGAAUUCUUCAAGACAAGGACAGAAUUCCAGACCAUCCCAUUCUACAUAUUCUCUGAAUCUUAUGGAGGCAAAAUGGCUGCUGGCAUCGCUUUAGAGUUGCACGAGGCAGUUCAAAAGGGAAGCAUAAAGUGCAAUUUUGCUGGGGUUGCUCUUGGAGACGCAUGGAUUUCUCCUCUAGAUUCUGUGCUGUCUUGGGGACCCUACCUUUAUAGCACUUCUCUCCUUGAUGAUCAAGGUCUGGCAGAGGUGACUGCUGUUGCCAAAGAAGUAAUGGUUGCAAUAAAUAAAAAUCAAUAUGGACUGGCCACUGAGCUCUGGAGCAAGGCUGAAGGUGUCAUUGAAGAGAACACAGACAAUGUGAACUUCUAUAACAUCAUGACUAAGGAUGUUCCAGAAAUGAAAGCAGAUGAACAAGAAAAUCUCCAUCUCAUUAGACUUUAUCAACGUCACGUCAAAAAUACGCACAAGAAUAGCCUAAAUGAUUUGAUGAAUGGACCUAUCAGAAAGAAGCUAAAAGUUAUUCCAGACUGUGUGAAGUGGGGAGGACAGUCCAAACAAGUCUUCAUAAACAUGGCUGAAGACUUCAUGAGACCUGUCAUUGAUAUUGUUGAUCAGCUUUUGGCGGCUAAUGUCAACGUUACAGUCUAUAAUGGACAGCUGGAUCUCAUUGUGGACACCAUGGGCCAGGAAGCAUGGAUCCGGAAACUGAAGUGGCCUAAUUUGGAGAAGUUCAGCCAGCAAAGGUGGAAGCCUCUCUAUGUGUCUCCAGAGUCCACAGAGACAGCAGCUUUCCACAAGGCCUAUGAGAACUUUGCUUUCUUCUGGAUCCUUAAGGCUGGGCACAUGGUCCCCUCUGAUCAAGGAGAGAUGGCGCUGAAAAUGGUCAGGAUGGUGACCCAACAGCAGCACUAGGGAAGUGAGGGCCAGCUCGUUGGCUUCUUGCUGAAUGUCACUAUUUCUGCAGAAUGUGAGUCCAGAAUGAAUCAGGAGGAACAGUUGCUAUUUGGACAUGUAUCCUCCCUGGUCUGGCUGACAGCGCGUGUGAGCAUUUAUGGAAAGGCCUAUUUCCCCUUGAAUGAUUUGUUGCUUUUGAAUUUGUAAGCUGUGAUUUGCUACCUUAAUAUUUCUCACAAUGACUCUUUCAGUGGAAUCUCCACUGUCAGAAACAGUUUGCUCUCAGUGCCUUUGCCCUUGUCUGGAAGGAUUUUUGUAUUUUUGUAAAAUGCUGCCCUUGCCUGAAUGCUCUCUUGUCUAAAGCCUCUUGAUUGGAGCUGAUCAGCUUGCUGAUAGAGUUGCUGUUUUUCCUGUUGGAGGGCAAAUUCGUUUCAUUAGGCCACAGAACAUUCCUUCCUUCGUUCUCAGGCCUCUGCUUGAGUCAUCCAGCUAGAUCAGAAGCUGAAGAUGUGGAGCUGCCAGGAUAGAUGACUUGCCCUAGAGGAUUUACAGUCAAUCCUAUCUCACUGAGAUAAUCUUGAGUUAGGAUCCAAGUAUUUCAGGUUUUUGGGCUGUGGAAAGAGAUAAACACUCCCUGGAGGAGAGUUUGACCUUUUUU